UUUUUAUCAUAUCUCUCCUCCUUUUCUUGAUAAGCAAAAUCGCUCUGAAUAGAGAUAACCCUCGAUCUUCGUGCAUUAUAUUGUAAAAUUGUAUAAGAUAGUGACAGACAAUUGGCAAUGUUUCGUUUAUUGUCUAGAAAUACUACUUACGUUUCUAAGUUACAGAUGGUAAGAUAUUUGGUGACUGAUACAAAAUAUGGAUUCUUGAAACAAUUAGGUCUAACAACAGAGAACCCAGGUCUUUAUGAUGGACAAUGGGGAGGAUCUGGCAAGGUUAUAGAAUCUAUUUCGCCAUCAACUGGUGAACUAAUAGCGAAAGUUCGAACGUCGACUACACAAGAAGUAAGUAAUGCUAUUACAGAAACACGCAAAGCAUGGCCACAGUGGGCAUCACUGCCAGCACCUGCGAGAGGAGAAAUAGUACGGCAAAUCGGGGAAGAAUUACGAAAUAAUCUAAAACCACUAGGACAAUUAGUGUCUUUAGAAAUGGGGAAAAUAUUACCAGAAGGUAUUGGAGAAGUUCAGGAGUUUAUUGACAUAUGUGAUUAUGCUGUUGGUUUAUCUAGAAUGCUACCUGGCAGUAUAUUUCCUUCAGAAAGAAAAGAUCAUGCUCUUUUAGAAAAAUGGAAUUCCCUUGGUGUUAUUGGUGUUAUUUCUGCAUUUAACUUUCCUGUUGCAGUGUAUGGUUGGAAUAGUGCAAUAGCAAUGAUUUGUGGGAAUAUGAUAGUUUGGAAAGGAGCACUUACCACUCCUUUAGUAUCUAUUGCAACUACUAAAAUUAUCGCAGGUGUAUUAGAGCGAAAUGGCAUUCCAGGUUCUGUUGCAUCUUUAGUAACAGGUGGCCCAGAUGUUGGUGAAACUAUUGUUAAUGAUAAACGUGUUCCUCUGGUUUCAUUUACUGGGAGCACUAACAUUGGAAGAAAAGUGGCCCUUAAGGUUCAAGAACGUUUUGGAAAAUCUCUGCUAGAAUUAGGAGGCAAUAAUGCAUUAAUAGUUGCCCAAGAUGCAGAUUUAGAAAUGGCAGUGAGGGCAGCAGUGUUCUCUUGUGUGGGAACAGCAGGACAAAGGUGUACUACUACUCGUAGAUUAAUUCUUCACAGUGAAAUAAAAAAUGAAUUUCUAGGAAAAUUGAAAAAAGCAUACAAGAGUAUUUUGGAGCGGAUAGGAGAUCCUUUAGAGACUAAUACCUUGUAUGGACCACUGCAUAAUCAACACGCAGUAGACGAAUACAAGAAAGCUAUCAACGAUGUUUUAAAGAGUGGCGGUAAAAUUGAAUUUGGUGGAAAGGAAAUAGACAGGCCUGGCUUUUACGUCGAACCAACAAUUGUUUCCGGUUUAUCGCCUGAUGCAGAGGUGGUUCAAAAAGAAACUUUUGCACCAAUUGUGUACAUUUUUGAAGUAAAUUCUAUAGAAAAUGCUAUUGCUCUUAAUAAUGGUGUAGAACAAGGAUUAAGUAGUUCUCUGUUUACUAAAAAUAUCGGAAAUGUAUUUCAGUGGAUUGGUCCCCAAGGCUCUGAUUGUGGAAUAGUAAAUGUUAAUAUUGGAACUAGUGGUGCAGAAAUAGGUGGUGCGUUUGGAGGAGAAAAAGCUACGGGUGGGGGUCGCGAAAGUGGAAGUGAUGCAUGGAAACAUUACAUGCGACGUUCUACUAUUACAAUUAAUCAUGGAAAUGAAAUGCCAUUGGCUCAGGGCAUCAAGUUUGAAUAG